AGAAAUGUUGUGAAUCUACCAACAAAAAAUAAAAAUCAAUCUAACAGAAAAAAAAAAAAAGGUAACUUUCCGUUGAGUUGCAGUUUGAUAGUUAACCGCCGAUGGACGCCAAAAUCGGAAGCCUCAUCGAAUCCGUCGGAAACUUCUUCACCGGCGGCGAUCAGAUCCCCUGGUGCGACCGUGAUGUUAUCUCUGGCUGUGAAAGAGAGGUUGCAGCAGCUUCUGAUGGUGACUCUGAUGAGCGGAGGAAUGAGAGCAUAAUGAGGUUGUCGUGGGCACUUGUUCAUUCAAGGCAAAAAGAAGACAUUCAGCGUGGGGUCGCCAUGCUUGAAACUUCUUUGGGCAAUGAUAAAAGUCCUUUACAUCAAAGAGAGAAGCUUUAUCUUCUUGCUGUUGGGUACUACAGGACUAAUGAUUAUACUAGGAGUCGACAGCUUCUAGAGCAAUGUUUGGAGAUUGCACCCGAUUGGAGGCAGGCACUGUCCCUCAAGAAAGCAGUUGAAGAUCGAAUUGCAAAGGAUGGUGUUAUAGGAAUUGGCAUCACUGCAACAGUUGUGGGGCUUAUAGUUGGUGGUGUUGCUACAGCAUUGGCCCGAAGGAAUUGAAUAUUAUACAUGAUUUGAUAUUUGGUUUUUUGUUUAUUUUACUUUCAUCGGGAAACAUUUAAAAGUCGUGUAGACAACUACAGCUUUCAACAUUCUUUAUUUGUUCAAAAGAGAGUUUUUUUUUUUACUGCAAAUAUAUAAGUGAGAAUACUUUACUAUUAUUAGAAAUGAUAAUAAUAAUAAUAUAGCCAUUAUACUGAAA